GCGGUAGGCCCGGUGGGCUCGGCAAGAUGGCGGCGAAGCAGAGACCGGUCCGCAGGGCCCUGUCCUCGGGCUCGGGCUCGGGCUCAGGCCCCGGGUCCGGGUCCGGCCGCGAGGAGGACCCCGAGCACACGGCGCCGCUCCAGGCCGUCCUGGUGGCCGACAGCUUCAACAGGAGGUUCUUCCCGGUGUCUAAGGACAUGCCGAGGGCCCUGCUUCCACUUGCGAAUGUGUCAAUGAUCGACUACACACUGGAGUUCCUGACAGCGACCGGUGUACAGGAAACCUACGUCUUCUGCUGCUGGAUGUCUCAGCGAAUCCGAGAGCACAUAUUGAAGUCUAAGUGGAAUCGGCCUACCUCUCCAAACACCAUCCACGUGAUCAGCUCUGAGUCCUUCCGCUCCAUUGGCGAUGUCCUGAGGGACGUGGACGCAAAGUCCCUGGUGCGCUCAGACUUCAUCCUGGUUUACGGCGAUAUCAUCUCCAACAUCAACAUUGCCAAAGCAUUGGAGGAGCACAAGACACGGCGGAAGUUGGAGAAGAACAUCUCUGUGAUGACCAUGAUUUUGAAGAAGUCGUCGCCAGGUCACAAGGCCAGGUGUCAGGAGGAUGACAUUAUUGUUGCCAUGGACACCAAAACUAACCGUAUUCUUCACUACCAGAAGACUCAAAGGCUAAAGAAAUUUCGAUUUCCCAUGACCAUGUUCCACAGUGGGAGCGAUGAGAUCGAGAUUCGACAUGAUCUCUUGGAUUGCCACAUCAGCAUUUGCUCUCCACAGGUUGCCGAGCUAUUUACGGACAACUUUGACUACCAAACCCGGGAUGAUUUUGUGCGUGGCAUUCUUGUUAGUGAGGAGAUCUUAGGUAACCAGAUUCACAUGCACGUCACGAGCGAUGAGUACGGAGUGAGAGUGUCCAACCUCCUUCUGUACGAUGCCGUGUGCUCGGAUGUCAUCCGGCGCUGGGUCUACCCCAUGACCCCCGAAAUGAACCUCACCGACGACCAGAAGAACGCAGCCACACACUCCCGGCACAACAUCUACCGGGGGCCGGAGGUCAGCCUGGGGCAGGGCAGCGUGGUGGAGGAGAAUGUGCUGAUCGGCAAUGGCUCUGUCAUUGGGGCAAACUGCUUCAUAACAAACAGUGCCAUCGGCCAGAACUGCGUUAUAGGCGAUGACGUCAAACUGGAUCAUGCUUACAUCUGGAAUAACGUCCGUAUUGGAGACAAGGUGGAGAUCAACAGGUCGGUGGUGUGCAGUGAAGUGGAGGUGAAACCUGGCGUUAAGCUGAACGAACACUGCGUGCUAGCAUUCAAUGUGACAGUGGGGCCGGACCUGUCCUUGGCUGAAGGCACCAUCAUCUCCAUGCACCUGCCAGACGAGGAGGAGGAGGAGGAUGACGAUGAGUUCAGUGAUGACGCAGGAGUGAAUCACUUAGAGUCAAAAACCAAGGUGAAAGGUUAUAACCAGGACGAGGUAGGGUCCGAGGGCAGAGGCUACAUCUGGAGAGUAGCUCACGAGAGUGACGCUGAGGACGAGGAGCUGCUGCAGAACCUGUGGGGUCUAACUCUGAACCCAGAGUCCGGGACCGAGAGUGAAAGUGAGAUGAGUGUGAGCUCACAAGAGCUGGACAGCAGAAUUAUUUCGCCCCAGUUGGACGAUGACAAAGUGUUUCAGAAUGAAGUUCUGGGCACGUUACAGCGAGGGCUGGAAGAGAACAUCUCCUGUGACAACCUGGUGCUGGAGAUCAACUCUCUCAAGUAUGCGUAUAACAUUACUCUGAAGGAUGUGAUGCAGAUUACAAUGAAGGUAGUUUUGGAGAUGCCAUUGCAACAGCACGGGCCUGGGGUGGGCUCAGUGCAGUACAGCAACACCGUCCUCUCUCUCCUGAAGCGGUGGAUGCCUGUGUUCAAAAACUAUGUGAAGAGAGCGUCUGAUCAGCUGGACUGCCUGGUGGCCAUUGAGGAAUUCUUCACCGAACAGGAAGCCCUCAGUCUCUCCCUUGUCAAGGUGCUGAUGGCGUUCUACCAGCAGGAGGUGUUAGCAGAGGAGACCAUCUUCCGUUGGUUCUCUCAGGCCGCCUCUACCGAUCAGGGGAAAAAGCUUCGCAAGCAUCAAGGGCUCCAGAAGUUUAUCCAGUGGCUGGAAGAAGCCGAAGAGGAAUCCUCCGAAGAGGGGGAUUAACCGUGGAGACGGGAUCGCGGACAUUCACGUUACAGAGUCGCGGGGGAGAGAAAGAGCGAGUGAGCGAGCGCAUGGCUCGCACAGGACCUAGUCUGGUUGGAAGCAGCUGAGGCUCGGGUAUGUGUGUGUGGUUUUUGGUAUUGAAGAACUCAAUGUGAGGAGUGAUCGGGGCAGGGAAGCCCGGACCAGGCUGUCGCUGCCGCCAGUUUGUGUGGCACCUCGUCAAUUUUUGCACAUCCCGGGAGAAGGAGCAUCACUUUAUACCCACAGAGCAAGUCAGAGCAGAGACUGAGGCGUGGGCUGCCAAACUACUAGCAUAACCAGGAUGAAACUCAGCAUGGGAAUAUUAAAAGAUCCUUUUUUUAUCUUUC